AUGGCCUCACUUCCAAGCAAGAGAGCAGAGUCGGGCUAUCUUGGAAAUACUUCGGGAUCUAGCCUUCUCAGAUCGAUCUCAGAUCUGAUUCCACACAAGUACUCGAAAUCUCGCCGUGGUCACGACGAGCAAUCUUCUCUUGCAGAAACCGCUUCGAUGGGAAGCCCUUCAGUACCAGUGAAUCUUGCCGACACUGCUACCAUCAACAGUCUCAUUGAUGCCUAUUUCACAUGGUAUCAUCCAUCAUAUCCUAUCUUGCACGAGAAGACAUUUCGACACGAAUACGAACACCGGCAACAGAUUCAUCCCCGAUCAACGUGGCACUCGAUAUUCUUCCUUGUCUUAGCAAUUGGACACUGGACCGUGACUGAAGACGCGGAGCAAUCGCAUUACUACACCGCUGCUCGCUCACGCAUAUCAAUGCGUAUGCUUGAGUCCGGUACCCUCCUGGCGGUUCAAGCGUUUCUUCUUAUGGGCAAUUAUCUACAAAAGCGCGACCGUCCUAAUACAGGGUAUAACUUUGUUGGAAUAGCCUUUCGGAUGGCGCUUGGUCUCGGGCUUCAUCGCGAACCGCCCUCGGGAACAUCAACUGCAAACAGAUUGUUGAAUGAGCGUCGAAGGGUGGUCUGGUGGGCUGUGUACUGUUUUGACAGUGGCUUCAGUUUCACAACCGGAAGGCCAAUCAUGCUCUCAGAUUCCUUUAUAGAGACCAAGCUUCCGCGGAACAUAGAUGACUCGGUAAGUAUAUUGGAAUCUACCGAGCACAUCACUGAUACCUUUAGCAGAAUUGUGAAUUGGUUUCCGAACUCCCUCCUCCAACCGAACACCCAACCUCUUACUCGGCUAUUAUUGCACAUUCUCGCUUGGCAUCCAUUGGGAAUGUAG